AUAAUAUACACGCAGGAGAUGAAUGGAUAAACCCAGAAACCUGAAAAGUGAAAAACCCCUUCGAAACUAACCUCCAUGAAAGAGCUCAACUUUACUCCCAUAUAAUCGAAAAACCCUUCCUACAGCAUCUUGGUAAAACAGAAAGUGGGAAUUAGAGAGUGUAAUGGCGUCAAUAUCAACCACCACCUGGCUCUACCGAGAUAAAGUGUGCACAGAGAGUGGAAAGCCCAAUAAUUGUAUUUUGCAGAGGCGGCUCAAAUGCAGAUUUCCGAUCAGGACAUUACAUGUCGGGAUUACUACUGGUGAUCGGUCACUGCGACAUUGUAUCAAAUGCAAGAAGGAGAAUGAUGAUAAUGGUGAUGCAAGUGAAGGCUCUAAGAAGAAUGAAGCAGGAUAUGAGUAUGUGUCUGUUGAGAGGGCUCCUUACUAUAGUUAUAUGGAUUCGACUUCUGGAAAACUCGAGCCAGCAUCAGGGGCUCGGGCUAGCAUUCCAGGUGAGGACUAUUGGCCUGAAGGGACUUCGAGCCGGGUUAGAGCUGCUAGGGCUCCUCAACCAGCUGGUGAGUCCUCGAGUUUCCCUUCAUAUGGUAAGAAUCCUGGAAGCCGGAGGAAGAAGAAUCGGAAAGCAACCGAGGGAAACGUGGCCGUUGUGGUCAGUGAUGAAGUAUCGGAUUCUGAGGAUAGCUCUGAAGAAGAGGAGAACGAUUCCUCGAAUGGUUUUGUUGUCUAUGACGAUGAGUUUGAAAAAGAAGAAGUGGAAAGUGGUUUUGAACUAGACAAGAAGCUUGGACGGCCACAUCCUUUUAUCGAUCCCACCAAAAAGAAGCAAAUAGAAAAGACACUCACGAGCGAUGAAAGUUGGUGGAACUGGAGAAAACCGGAGAAAGAACAAUGGUCAAGAUGGCAAAGAAGACGUCCUGAUGUUGAAACAGUUUUUCUCAAGGCGAUGGCAGAAACAGGACAAGUGAAGCUCUAUGGGAAAGAACCAACACUCACGGAAACUUCUCUUUAUAGAGCAAGAAGGCAUCUUUUCAAGGAAGAGAGGCUGCAAGCUGAGCGAGAGAGGUUAGCGAAAGAAGGUCCAAUGGCUUUUUACUCUGAGUGGGUAAAAGCGUGGAAGAGAGACACGUCACGGGAAGCUGUACAGAAGCAUUUUGAAGAGACGGGUGAGGAUGAAAACACACAACUGAUUGAGAUGUUCUCUCAUCAAACAGAUCGAGAAUACCGGAUAAUGAUGGGAACCGAUGUUAGGAUCAAGAGAGAUCCUUUGGCAAUGCGGAUGAAGGAGGAGCAGAUUAAGCAAAUAUGGGGUGGGGAUCCAGUUUACCCGACAAUUAACUACAUUCAAGCUCCCGAUGCGGUUAUGGAUUUCAGAGGACCUGAUUUCCAUGAGCCGACACCAAAUAUGCUCGAUUACCUGAAGGAGAAUGGCAAAGUUAUCUCGAGAGAGGUGCACAAAACACUACUGGCAAAAGAGAAAACUGAGCAGGUCGAGGUGCCUUACAUUGAUGAUGCAAUGGCACAAGCUGUUGAUAUUGGUGAAAACGAUGACGAGGAAGAUGAUGCAGAAGUAGAAAAAGAUGAGAAAGUGCCGAGGAACUGGAGUGUCUUGAAGAGUACCCCUGAGCUUCGCAACGCCAAGCCUAAACCGAAGAAGGAAGCUGGUCGUAUGUCUCUAGACGAAGCCGUGGAUGAUUCCGAGAACUUAACCGAUUUUCUCAUGGACUUUGAAGAGGAGACUGAUCCUUAACCGGUUUUUGUGUUUCUUUUCCGGUUCAGUGUAAAGACCUAUAUAUACUUAGAUCAUCUUUUUUGUUUACUGAUUUAGAAAUUUUGUGGAUGAAUAACACAAAUUGUUAUCUCAACUAAGAUCAUCCCAGGUAUAUGAUCAAUUCACUGUAUUAA